CUCUCUUCCAAAAAUGCAAGCCAAACCAGUCACAUUCCCUCCUCCUCCUCCUCCUUCUCUAAUUCCCUCCACAAAAUCACCUCCGGCGAACCAACCUCCAUUAUCUCCGGCCACCACCGUGCCCAGAGCAAUAUCAAUAACUACGCCAGAUACUCGAGUUUCAAUCCCGAUGCCGGUGCCGGUGCCAGUGCCGGUGCCUCCAACCAUAGAGCUUGAUGAUUCUAUAGCAGCCUUUUGGGAUUACCAAUUCUUAUUUGUUUCCCAACGCCAAGAGACGACGCAACCGGUAACUCUACGCGCAGUAGACGGGGCGAUACCGGCCGACUUCCCGUCGGGAACGUAUUAUUUGACCGGACCGGGGCUUUUCUCCGACGACCACGGCUCGACGGUGCAUCCGUUAGACGGUCAUGGAUACUUGAGAGCGUUCAGCAUCGAUAAUGCGAGUAAGAAAGUGAAAUAUAUGGCCAAGUACGUGAAAACGGAGGCUCAGGUGGAGGAGCAUGAUCCCAAGACUGACACGUGGCGGUUUACUCAUAGGGGCCCAUUUUCCGUGUUGAAAGGUGGGAGGAAGGUUGGGAAUACUAAGGUUAUGAAGAAUGUGGCUAAUACUAGCGUUCUCAGGUGGGGAGACAAACUACUGUGUUUCUGGGAAGGCGGGGAUCCUUAUGAGAUCGAAUCUGGUACGUUGGAUACUGUCGGACGGUUCAACAUGAUGGACGGCUAUGAUUCGAAGCCGGCUAAGAACAACCUCGAUGGCGAUGCAUGGGAACUCGCCGCCGGCCUCUUGAAGCCUAUUUUGUAUGGAGUGUUUAAGAUGCCCCCGAGGAGGCUUUUGUCGCAUUAUAAGGUGGAUCAGAGCAGGAACAGGCUGCUUACGGUGUCAUGCAACGCAGAGGAUAUGCUUCUCCCACGAAGCAAUUUCACAUUUAGCGAAUACGAUUCGGAGUUCAAGUUAGUACAGAAACAAGAGUUCAAGAUUCCAGACCAGUUGAUGAUCCACGAUUGGGCCUUCACCGACUCCCACUAUAUUAUAUUUGCCAAUCGCAUCAAACUCGAUGUGCUAGGCUCAAUGGGAGCAGUGUGUGGAGUAUCGCCAAUGAUAUCAGCACUGACAGUGAACCCAAGUCACCCCACAUCGCCUAUUUAUUUGCUGCCUCGCUUCCCCAAUUCUUCUUCCACUAGAGACUGGACCCUUCCCAUUCAUGCCCCUUCUCAACUCUGGCUCCUCCACGUGGCCAACGCCUUUCAGGUCAUUUCCGGUGAUUCUGAGGGCACUUUCGACAUUCAGAUCCAAGCCGCCGCCUGCUCUUACCGAUGGUUCAAUUUCCGAAACCUUUUCGGAUACAAUUGGCAACGACAGAAGCUUGACCCUUCGAUUAUGAAUGUGAAAGAUGGCGAAAACGAGUUACCUCAUCUCGUUCAGGUAUCAAUAAAGCUAGAUGGGGAUGAGAAAUGCGAGGAAUGCAGCGUGAAGCGGGUGAAAGAGUGGGAAAAGUCGUCAGAUUUUCCGGUAAUAAAUCCAGCAUUUUCCGGGAAAAAGAACAGAUAUGUUUAUGCAGCAACCACAUUAGGAAGUAGGAAAGCACUGCCACAUUUCCCAUUUGAUGCGGUGGUGAAGUUGGAUUUAUCAAGUGGUUGCGUCCAAACUUGGUCUGUUGGAAGUCGCAGAUUUGUUGGUGAACCCAUCUUUGUCCCCAAAACUACUUGUGCUGAAGAAGAAGACGAUGGAUACCUGCUUGUGGUAGAGUACGCAGUUGCAAUGCAGAGAUGUUAUCUGGUAAUCCUAAAUCCAAAGAAGAUUGGAGCAGGCAAUGCGGUUGUGGCCAGACUAGAAAUCCCAAAGCAUUUGAAUUUCCCUCUUGGUUUUCAUGGAUUUUGGGCCCCUGAGAAUAAUUUUUAAUUUCAUU